CAUCUCUUUCCGAACAACCACGCACUCCAUACUUGCAAGCUUCUACUACGCCGGCUGCUUCCUCUCAUCACCCACUCUGCUACUGCUCUCUCUAACACACGGUAACGCUCCCCUGAGUUCACCAGCUAGGGUUAAGACAAUAGAUCCUCUCCUUUUCAGGUCCUUUUCACCUUUUCUUUUUCUCCGUUCAUUCCUGGUUCCAUCUGCACACUUGCUCUUGAGUUGAGCUCGCGCGCGUACUACAUAAACAAGCUGCGGGAAAGGGUGAGGCAGAUACGACGGAGGAGCCAAGUGCUGCAUCCGAGGACCGUCGCGCGAGAUGUCGGGCCGCCGUGGCAGGAUCAGCGACGACGAGAUCAACGAGCUCAUCUCCAAGCUCCAGGCGCUCCUCCCGGAGUCCUCCCGCCGCCGGAACGCGGGCCGGUCGUCGGCGUCGAAGCUUCUGAAGGAGACGUGCAGCUACAUCAAGAGCCUGCACCGGGAGGUGGACGACCUCUCCGACCGACUGUCGGGGCUCAUGUCGACCAUGGACAACGACAGCCCCCAGGCCGAGAUCAUCCGGAGCCUCCUCCGGUGACCCCCUUUCUGCGCCUGCUAGUUGCAACAGCUGAAGAGAAGACGAAGGAGCUUGCUCGCUUGCCACGACCUUAUGUUCCUUUCUUUUCUUUCUCUUCCUCCUAGCUCGUUCUUUCUAAUGUGUGUUUGUUAAGUUUCCGGUGUAUAAUUAAGCAAAGGGCCCUCGGUCGUUUAGGAGAGAAGGGCUUCUUCCGGUCCGGUAUAUGCUUCUCAUGUGCCUGCAGGAGUUAGUAGAAUUAUAUACUAGAUAUGAACUUCUAUUAGCCAAGGUACGUACGUACUAGUAGCUUCUAGCUCUGUAGACUGUACGUUCUCAUCUGCAUACGCAUCCUGAGAGUUGUUGUUCUCUAGAUUGCCAAUGGACAAGCUUAAUUAACG